UCUGGGGUCCUGGGCAGGAAUUUCUUCUGUGACUUCCGGAGACGUCAGAAAAUAGGGACAACCUUGAAGGGCAAGCACUCAAGUGGGGAGAGGAGACCCACAGUUCCCAGAGCCCCAGCUUCGUGGGCGCCGAGUCCAAGCAGAGGCCAGGCCAGGACGAUGACUUACCACUCGUCCUUAGUCCUCUGUCUCCAGUCUGCAGGAAGAACUUAAGAACUUGACUGCAGGAAUCCAUCUGGGACAACUGAGCCUUGGGGAGCCCAGCUCCCCAUGGGCCCUCCCAUGCCCGGUUUUGUCAUUUGUGUCUCUUGGAAGACCCAUUUCUAGGCUGCUUAACUGGAUCUGACAUGUGCAUCCCAGACAACAAAGGCCAGUGCAUGGUGAUUAACAUUUAUAAUGGUUCCAAGCUGACAUAUGUGGUCAGAGGCUGUGGUGAGCAUAGCUCCUUCCGCUGCAAGGAGGUCCAAAAUGGCUUCAUUCUUUAUUACUGGUUCAGGGCCGAGUGCUGCCAAUAUGAUUACUGUAAUGCCUGGUUCCAGCCCCAGCUCCAGGGUCCCAUCCCUGGGACCCCACUCCCAGAGGGGCCUCUGUCCUUGGCCCAGAUCCAGCAGUUCUAUGUAGUGCUGAACCUCUCCCUACCUCUGCCCGCUCCAGCCCCAGGAGAGCCAGAGGAUACUGACCUCCCACCUCCAACUCUGAAUCUGAACCUGCCUGUGGAACACCUUCACAUCCUUUGCGAGUCUUUCAUCAAGGAUGGCCUCCUGAUCCUUCCCCAGACUGAGCCAUGAAUGCCUGUUACAGCACCCCUCUCUCCCGUGUGCCUCCUCCCUAGUCCCCUAGUAUUUUCUCACCACUGUCCUUAAUGAUAAUUAUAUCUUUAUAUUAAUCUCUAACGUUUGCAGAUUGUUUCAAUGUCAUCUUAUUAAAUCCUCACCACUCCAGGAAAUAGGUAAUGAAGCAUUACUGAAAGGCCAAGACCACUCUUCCACAAUAUUUCUUUCAUCUUUCCUCUUAUCUCCAUUCCCAAAACCACAUUUUAGACUCUUAUCUCCUCAUCUAAAUGACAAUACUAGCUUCCUAAUUGGUUGAUCUCAUCUUUUUCCAAUCCACCCUUUAUAUAAUUGUCAAAAUAAUUUUCCUAAAGCACAAAUCUGAUCAUGUCACUCCUCUACUCAAAUAUGUCAGUGAUUCCCU